AUGUUGGUCAGAGAUCAAGUUUUGAAGUAUUUUGUUUUUGGAGUGGGGGGUUGUGCUGCAACAGCAGAAACCCCCACUGGGGUCAGUGAUCUACCCCACACUGGGGUCAGUGAGCUGCCCCACACUGGGGUCAGUGAGCCGCCCCACACUGGGGUCAGUGAUCUGCCUCACACUGGGGUCAGUGAGCCGCCCCACACUGGGGUCAGUGAUCUGCCUCACACUGGGGUCAAUGAGCCGCCCCACACUGGGGUCAGUGAGCCGCCCCACACUGGGGUCAGUGAUCUGCCCCACACUGGGGUCAGUGAUCUUCCCCACACUGGGGUCAGUGAGCUGCCUCACACUGGGGUCAGUGAGCCGCCCCACACUGGGGUCAGUGAUCCGCCUCACACUGGGGUCAAUGAGCCGCCCCACACUGGGGUCAGUGAGCCGCCCCACACUGGGGUCAGUGAGCCGCCCCACACUGGGGUCAGUGAUCUGCCCCACACUGGGGUCAGUGAUCUUCCCCACACUGGGGUCAGUGAGCUGCCUCACACUGGGGUCAGUGAGCCGCCCCACACUGGGGUCAGUGAGCUGCCUCACACUGGGGUCAAUGAGCCGCCCCACACUGGGGUCAGUGAGCCGCCCCACACUGGGGUCAGUGAUCUGCCCCACACUGGGGUCAGUGAUCUGCCCCACACUGGGGUAAGUGAGCCGCCCCACACUGGGGUCAGUGAUCUGCCCCACACUGGGGUCAGUGAUCUGCCUCACACUGAGGUCAAUGAGCCGCCCCACACUGGGGUCAGUGAGCCGCCCCACUCAUCCCUCCAUCCAAGCCCUCCACACUCCUCUGCCCCCCCCCCCCUGGUGUGUCCAUCCAUUGUGCCCACAGUGCUCCAACACCCACUCUCUGUGAUCUUUCCAUACAUAACAUCUAUCUCUCUUCUAUCUUUCCGUACAGUACCUUUUCACUACACGUCUCUCUUCAAACCACAACCUUGACUGAACAUCCUUUCCUUUCUUCCCCGUUCACUCCAUGGCAUCUACCAUCUCCUAACAGGACCAUUUGUGUUUAUGCUAUCCUUUCCUUUUCAUACGUCACGCCACUGUCCUUACAAAUGAGUCUUUCCUGUCCACACCUCACCCCUCACCCCUCUUGCCACAACCCUCACCCCUCUCGACACAUUCCCAACAGGAGGGCAGUCUCCAACCAUCUCCUCUUCCUCCAUCUCACCCAUCCAGGUCACUCUCUCACCCACACGCUGGGCCUCUGACAUUCUGCCUGGCUUCUGUCAAUGUGGGGGUAUUUUUAGAUAACCUUCCGUAGUUCUUUGAAGUAGCAGGAACACAUACACAUACAGUUCUUUCUGAUGCUUGUGUUGACAAGUGCUCGGCUAAUGUUUUACACAGUUAGGCCAAUAAAAAGUCACUGAACCCUCUUGAGCAAGCAAACUACAACCAAACUAGCAGACCUAUCCUUUUCUCAUGCUAAUGACAGAACAUUUAUCCAGUGGUUAUGUCAUGUCUGUUUUUUUGUGUGUUUUUUUUCAUGCUAUAACAAAGCUCUUUGUCCACUGCAAAAGCUUGUCCAUUGUGUUUGAUUGUGAGGUCAGCCAGCAUGUUAAGUCAUUUCUUUCAGACCAUGCCACGGCUCUCUGCUCAGCGCACUCAGUUAACGGUGGAGACCUGAAUGUCCUGACAGCCAUCUCUCAUUCAACUCACGUCAUGGUAAAGGAAACAUCAAGAAAGACAGAGCCUUUUUAAAAUGCAGGAGUGCAAUCUGAGGGACUAUCAGCCCCCCAAUGCCCACCCCUUUCAACCAAACACACUUCACCUCCUGUCUACACACAUACACACUCUUGUGCUUUACUGGACACUAAACCUUAUAAAAACACAGUCUACCACAUUAUCCAUAUGCUUGUUUCACAAAUAACUGAGUCAUUAGUAGAACUCACUUGUUAACAUUCCAGAAAUACUUUUGUCAAAAGAGAAAUAAACGAUAGUACUAUAGCAACUGACACUUUUAAACUAGGCAACUCCUUCACAUGGAAUGUUGAACAUCCUAAAUGUUGGCCAAAUCUACUAAACUAAAAAAUUAAAGUAAAAGUAGCCUUUUUUAGAGGGAGAGAGUAUUAAAUGAACUCAUUGAAACCAGGAGGAUCAUGUAACAACAUGUUGAAAAGACACACAUAGAUCACAGUAGAUUCCAACAUACUGUAUGGCACAGGGCUUGUGUCGACUCGACAGGCACAACAAUUCUACAACACAGAAUCAAAAAUAGCAGCUCUUCCUGGUUUGUUCAAACACAUCUACAUCCUUGCCGGCAGACUGAACUUCCUCUGAGGAUAUUCCAGUUUUUCUUCAAGGUAGCACUUGUAGCAGAGCUGUGUCUGUUUUUGACCAUCACGGAAGUGAAAGCUCACACUGAUAAAUUGCCUCACUGGUAAACAAGAAGAACCCCAAAACGGCUACACGAAACAGACCAUGAGUGGAGAUCACCUUCCGUAGGCUAGCUUACUUAUUUAUGAAUGAAUGCGCUUCCACUACGCCCAAUCUAAAAGUAAAAACGAGCUCAACUUGAUAUCAAUAGGUUUGAUAAGUAGCCAUACGAAGAUAAGCAUUAUUACCCUAAACAAUGGGGGGAAAAGAUAGGGUUUGUAAUGAACUCAGUCACCCAAACGUGUACGAGGAAAUGUGCAUCUGGAAUAAUGGUUAACACAGAAUACAGAUGACUGCGAACUCCCCGGUUUGUACACACAACACGGGCUGGAGCCUAGCUGAAGUAGCGACCGCUGUUUCUCUGUUUCUUGCUACGCUGCUUCUCAUACACAGGACACCUAGUCUGGGCCGAGAGAAAGUUGUCUGGAGAGUCUGUAUGUACCACAGGUACCUGAUUAUUGGCAUAGUACAGACAUUUUCUGAAUCUCCUGGUCCUAAUAUUGGUGUGAUUAGAACGCAGGAUAUGUCACAAGUUUUGACAGCUGUAUAAUGAAUCGUCAAUGAGCCAUAAUGGGGUCAUUCAGACUUAUCUUGACAUAAGUCUGUGACACAGACUGUGUUAUUGUAGAGCUAAUUUGUGCUCUUCUCACAGUUGCUGGUAAUAAUCAUCUUUAACGGUAAAAUAACCAGUUUCAGCAAUAGGCUUAAUAAUCAUAAUUUACAGUGCGAAAAAUAUUUAUCACAGCAAUUGCCUUCUCUGCACAUUCCAGAAAGCAAGUGGAUACAGUCCCCUGAAUUUGAACUGUGGCAGUAGGUAGCACCCCUUACAAUCCUUAGAGAAACUGAUGUCUUGGUCGAGGAUCACGAGUACAAGGGCUUGCCUUUCAAAGUCACUGAACAAAAUGUAUAUGAAUGUAUACAUUCAGAGGUCUAAGCCAAGCCAAACAAAACUUGGUUACGUAAUUUCGCGAUUCUUUAAAAGUUGAGAAAUGAAUUACUUCUAAUAUACCUAAUCAAAUGACUAUAGGCAACAUAACUCGCGGAUGUAACAUUAUCUUUACGAACGCAGUUAGCAACUAUAUUAACUAGCAGUAGCAAUUCAGCCAGAACUUCCACAGAAUGUACGAAUUUACCUUGAAUGUUGUUGGGUUUCUCAUCCAAUUAGAUCCAAUAAGGUGUUGGUAUGAAAGAAUAAUGAACGUUGGUUGCAAAAA